AUGAAUAUCUUAAAAACUCUUUUUUUCCUGUGCCUGCUCAUGAUGGGAGUAAUGGGGAUCAAGGGAGGCACUGAUGUCGAAGAACCGAUUCCAUAUAUGGCUGCUAUAUAUGUCAACAAUGCUUAUGUAUGUGGUGGAGUAAUAAUCGACCCUAAAUGGGUAUUAUCUUCAGCUCGAUGCGUAGCAAAUUAUGAAAGUGAUCCCUCUGAUGUGUCUAUCCGGCCUGGUAUCUUCAACUUGAAUAUAAGAGAUCCAGAAUACAAAGCGGACAAGAUUAUCAUACACAAAAACUAUGCCUUUAUUUACAAUGACAUAAGUCUCGUGAGGGUUUCAAAGGAAAUGCAGUUUAAUAAGUACAUUGGCAGCAUCAAGCUACCAGAUUUUGUCACGGAGCCCGGCGCUCAUUUGCUGGUGACAGGUUUUGGACAAUCUGACAUGAAUUCUGAUAAUAUAAAUCAUUUGCAAGCUCUUAAUAUGACUACCAUAUCUAAAGACGAGUGUAAUAAAAAUAGGAGACGGAAGGUUACUGAAGAUCAAAUUUGUGCAUUCGGUGACAAACCAGGAACAAAUGUUUGCAAGGGAGACUAUGGAAGUCCAAUGGUAGACACCGCAAAAAAGGUUGUCAUAGCAAUAGUAUCAACACCUACAUGUGGACGGAAAAUACCGAGCAUUUUCACUAACCUCGUUUAUUAUAAGAACUGGAUUGGUGGGGUUAUGGAAGAUAAUCAAAAAUAA